AAAGCCCGUCUGAAGGAACACAUGCCUAAACACACCGGAGAAAAGCCCUACAUGUGUAGGGAGUGCGGAUACAGGACAGCCUACAAGUCUCGCCUAACUAUUCAUGUAAGAAAACACACAGGUGAGAAACCAUUCAAAUGUGACCAGUGUGACUAUUCUGCCGCUGAGAAAGGCUCUUUGAACAAACACAUGUCAAAACACACUGGAGAGAAACCCCACAUGUGCGGGGAGUGUGGAUACCAGACAACAGACUCUUCUAAUCUAUCAAAACACAUGAGAACACAUACGGGGGAGAAGCCCUACAAAUGUGACCAGUGUGAAUUUUCUGCUGCACAGAAAGCGAAUUUAGACAUGCACAUGGAGAAACACACUGGAGACAAACCCUACAUGUGUGGGGAGUGUGGAUACAGGACAGCCUAUAGGUCUUGCCUAUACACGCAUAUGAGAAUACAUUUAGGUGUGAAACCUUUCAAAUGCAGCCAGUGUGACUAUUCUGCCACACAUAAAGGCCAUUUACAUGAACACUGUAUGGCCAAGCACACUGGAGACAAACCCUACAUAUGUGGAUUAUGUGGGUACAAGACGGCCUACAGGUCUAGCAUAAAUGUACACAUGAGAAAACAUAAAAAGGAGAAACCCUACAAAUGUGACCAGUGUCUCUUCUCUGCUGCAACUAAGAAGACUUUAAACCAACACCUUGCUACACACACCGACGAUAAACCCUACAAGUGUGACCAGUGCCACUAUUCCGCUGCACAGAAGCCGGCUUUAAUCAAACACAAGGCUAAGCACGCUGCUGAGAAACCCCGCAUGUGAAGGUAGUGCGGAUGACAUUGUACAUGUAUCUCGUCUGAUGACCUGCAUAGUAUCAACCAUACAGGAAAUAAACCGCACAACCAGUUCAGAACUGUCUGACUUUUAGUGGAGCAUACAUAUGAAAAUGUUACAAAUGAAACAGACGUGACCAGAUCUUCACAUGGUUGAAUAUAAAUAUUCAAACAUCAUAAACCUUCUUCUUUUUCGGAUCGUGUAAACAGAGGGUGACAACUUUUACUAUCUAACCACAAGAGCAAGUAUGCUUUUGAAAAGAAAAACCUUCAAACGUGAAUAGUG